CUUCCAUGCCUUGCCCCUCAGAAGGUCGGGGGCUUUCCAUGGCCGUAGCAACAACUAUGACCCCUUCAAAAGACAUAGUUGGGGGCCCGGCAGGGAGCUCCAGGACCCCUUGAGCAGGAGGAGACUGCAGCUAUUGGGAGGCCCCGGCUCCCAGGACGCCCCCUUUCUGCAGAGCCAAGAGGAACUGGACCUCUUUCUGGGAACCCAGCGGCGGGAUGGCCACCUCUUGCACCUGGGUCAGAGUUCUGGUCACCCGUCUGCUGGCUACCUGACCACCGGCAUGCUGUCCAAGUCCGUAUCCAUGAGUGGCAUCAACUUCCUCUUGGACUGCUCGGAUCCAAGUGGUAGCUUGUCCCCCUCUUCGGCCACUGACCUCAGCAAGCGUGGUACUCAGCUGGAAGGGGACUCGGGUACCUGGGCAGGCUCUUCCCUGCGCCGUACCUUCAGCUUCCUGUGGGGCAUGACUGGCAAAACCAAGGCCCGGGAGAAGGAGAAGAUGAAGGAAGCCAAGGAUGCCCGCUAUACCAACGGGCACCUCUUCACCACCAUCUCAGUUUCCGGCAUGACCAUGUGCUAUGCCUGCAACAAGAGCAUCACAGCCAAGGAGGCGCUCAUCUGCCCGACCUGCAAUGUGACCAUCCACAACCGCUGUAAAGACACCCUGGCCAACUGCACCAAGGUCAAGCAGAAGCAACAGAAAGCUGCCUUGCUGAAGAACAACACCGCCUUGCAGUCCGUCUCUCUCCGAAGUAAGACAGCCACCCGGGAGCGGCCAACCUCUGCCAUCUACCCUUCUGACAGCUUCCGGCAGUCCCUGCUUGGCUCCCGCCGAGGCCGCUCCUCCUUGUCUCUAGCCAAGAGCGUCUCCACCACUAAUAUCGCUGGACAUUUCAAUGAUGAGUCUCCCUUGGGGCUGCGCCGGAUCCUCUCCCAGUCCACAGACUCCCUCAACAUGCGGAACCGAACGCUGUCCGUGGAAUCCCUCAUUGAUGAAGGUGCAGAGGUAAUCUACAGUGAGCUGAUGGGUGACUUUGAGAUGGAUGAGAAGGACUUUGCGGCUGACUCCUGGAGCCUUGCGGUGGACGGCAGCUUCCUGCAGCAGCACAAGAAGGACGUAAUGAAGCAGCAGGACGUCAUCUAUGAACUCAUUCAGACAGAGCUGCACCACGUGAGGACCCUGAAGAUCAUGACGCGCCUUUUCCGCACUGGGAUGCUCGAGGAGUUACAUGUGGAGCCAGCAGUGGUCCAGGGCCUGUUCCCCUGCGUGGAUGAGCUCAGUGACAUACACACACGCUUCCUCAGCCAGCUGUUGGAGCGCCGACGCCAGUCCCUGUGUCCUGGCAGCACCCGGAACUUUGUCAUCCACCGCCUGGGUGACCUGCUUAUCAGCCAGUUUUCGGGUCCCAGUGCGGAGCAGAUGCGCAAGACCUACUCAGAAUUCUGCAGUCGCCACACCAAGGCCUUGAAGCUCUAUAAGGAGCUGUGUGCCCGAGACAAACGUUUCCAACAGUUCAUACGGAAAGUGACGCGCUCCGCUGUGCUGAAGCGGCACGGGGUUCAGGAGUGCAUCCUACUGGUGACACAGCGCAUCACCAAGUACCCAGUGCUCAUCAACAGAAUCCUGCAGCACACCCAUGGGACCGAGGAAGAGCGCCAGGACCUGGUAACGGCUCUGGGUCUCGUGAAGGAGCUGCUGUCCAACGUGGACCAGGAUGUGCAUGAGCUGGAGAAGGGCGCCCGCCUACAGGAAAUCUACAACCGCACGGAUGCCCGCGCCCAGGCCCCGGUGCCUGGCAAGGGCCCCUUUGGCCGAGAGGAGCUACUGCGGCGCAAGCUCGUCCAUGAUGGCUGCCUGCUCUGGAAGACAGCGACGGGGCGUUUCAAAGAUGUGCUGAUGUUACUGAUGACAGAUGUGCUAGUAUUUCUCCAAGAGAAGGACCAGAAGUACAUCUUUCCUGCCCUGGAUAAACCGUCGGUGGUGUCCCUGCAGAAUCUGAUCGUACGUGACAUCGCCAACCAGGAGAAAGGGAUGUUUCUGAUCAGCGCGGCGCCCCCUGAGAUGUACGAAGUGCACACGGCAUCCCGGGAUGACCGGAGCACCUGGAUCCGCGUCAUUCAGCAGAGCGUGCGCGUAUGCCCGUCCAGGGAAGAUUUUCCCCUGAUUGAGACGGAGGACGAGGCCUACCUGCGGCGAAUCAAGAUGGAGCUGCGGCAGAAGGACCGGGCCCUGGUGGAGCUGCUGCAGGAGAAAGUCGGGCUGUUUGCCGAGAUGACCCACUUCCAGGCCGAGGAGGACGGUGGCAGUGGGAUGUCCUUACCUGCUCUGCCUAGGGGCCUCUUCCGCUCUGAGUCCCUCGAGAACCCUCGGGGCGAGCGGCUGCUGCGGGACGCCAUCCGUGAGGUGGAGGAUCUGAAAGACCUGCUGGUGGGGCCUGGCGUAGAGCUGCUUUUGACGCCGAGAGAGCCAGCCGCGCCCUUGGAACCGGACAACGGUGGUAACACAAGUCCUGGGGUCACUGCCAGUGAGUGCCAGGCCAGAGACCAAGCAGAUGGCGAGGCGAGAACCUUCAAUGGUGCCAUUGAGCUCUGCAGAACCGACUCGGACUCCAGUCAGAAGGAUCGAAAUGGAAAUCAGCUGAGGUCCCCCCAGGAGGAGGUGCUGCAGAGACUGGUUAAUCUCUAUGGACUUCUGCAUGGUCUACAGGCAGCUGUGGCACAGCAGGACACUCUGAUGGAAGCCCGAUUCCCUGAGGGCCCUGACCGCUGGGAGAAGCUGUCCCGGGCCAACUCUCGGGAUGGCGAGACCAGCCGGACCGGGGCUGCUCCCGCGGCUCCCGAGAAGCAGGCCACAGAGCUGGCACUCUUGCAGCGGCAGCACACACUACUGCAGGAGGAGCUGCGCCGCUGCCGGCGGCUGGGCGAGGAGCGGGCCACUGAGGCUGGCAGCCUGGAGGCUCGGCUCCGGGAGAGCGAACAAGCGCGAGCCCUGCUGGAACGGGAGGCCGAAGAGGCUCGCAGGCAGCUGGCCAACCUGGGCCAGAAUGAGCCGCCCCCACCCGAGGCCCCCUGGGCCCGCAGACCGCUGGAUCCGCGGCGCCGCAGCCUCCCGGCCGGGGAUGCCCUAUACUUGAGCUUUUCGCCCCCACAGCCUGGCCGAGGCCACGACCGCCUGGAUCUGCCUGUGACUGUGCGUUCCAUCCACCGACCCUUUGAGGACCGGGAGCGGCAGGAGCUGGGCAGUCCUGAAGAGCGGCUGCAGGACAGUAGUGACCCCGACACCGGCAGCGAGGAGGAGGGUAGCAGCCGCCUGUCUCCACCCCACAGUCCGCGAGAUUUCACCCGAAUGCAAGACAUCCCAGAAGAGACGGAAAGCCGAGACGGGGAGCCCGUUGCUCCAGAGAGCUAAGCGGGCCUCCUCCCAGCCUAGCGCCCCACCGAAGAACACUGCAGAAAGGGGCAAACCUUGGGGCUCAGAUCUGCCAACAAUGAGGGAAUAUUUGGAAGAAACUGCUCAUUGUCCUUGCCAGCUUCUGGGAUCCGUGGAUACUUGGGGCCAUGUAGAAAACUGGGAGCGUUAGGUCACAGUACCCCUGGUGGCAUCCAAGAGCUACACCACAGAUGCCGAUCUCUCAUGCCUUCUUCCCUCUACUUUAGGAAAACUUAUUUAUUUAUUGUUUAUUAGUUAUGGGGGAGAGGGAGAUUCAAAGGACCCAGGGACAUGGGAACCAAGCCAUAGGGAUCUGGGGGGCCUUGUCCUUUAACACUACUGGGGUAUGUUCAGGCUUAGCCUUGCAACUGCUGGGGUUCAGCCCGACAUCGUCCCCAGCAACACCUUUGACAAGAGGCUUCAGCCACAGGGCUACUGCCCCUCUCAGGAGGGCUGUGGGCAGUCCAUGCCCCUCUCCCUGCUCCCCUCAACCCUCUGCCGCUCUUCUCUCCUCUCUGUAUCCUCCACGGAAACCCCAGGGAGAUACCCUGGCUUCCUGGAAUUGAUAGAGUAGAGGUUAAAGUGGCCAUAAUGGUUUAUUGGGGGUAAGGGAAAAAUCCACAGGGACCAGAAUGUUUUGUUGUUGUUUUUCUUUUUUUUGUACCAAAGCCAAAUGCACGUGUUUUUUUAUUUUCAAGAGAAGAUUGUAGGCACUUUUGUGUCCUCGUCUCUGAGCGAGCGGAGCAGGGAAAGAUGUGACUUCCCUCCUUUGUCCACAGCAAGGGGCUCCUGCUCUGACCUCUUCCUCUGCCACCUGGAAGAAGCCCUGGGAUGGGUGGGGAAGUCUCGAUGUACCUCACCCAUCUCCUGCCACAGCAGCGAUCACCUGCAACCUCAUUAGAAUUUGGGGGAUUUUUCAGUGGAACCCCAGUGCCAGCCAUUUGUCUCCAAUUUGAUUGUUUAAAAAAAAAAUAGAAAAAAGGAAAAAAAAAAAAAAAGAUCAAGCAGGGAAAAAAAAUUA